ACGUAGCUCAGUUCCUGUAAAACCUCAUUUCUCACUUCAUGCUACACAAUCAAUCUGCUCUGAGAUCUGGAUUACACUGGCUGGAGGGUAAAGACCGGAAAGAUCAUGGAGAUGAAUUUGAUUGUCUUGCUAUGGAUGGCGACUGCCCUGGCGACUGCAACGGUACCUUCACCCACAGACGUGUUGGAUGAAAGCAACAAGACACUGACGGGCAUUCCCCUCACCUACAGUUCAAGCAUAACCAAGCUAAUCCUACACCAUAACUCCAUCACGAUGAACAGCUCAGAUACCAAGAGUCUGAGUAAGCUGACCAACCUAAAAGAGCUGGAUCUAUCAUAUAACCAUAUAGAGGUGCUGGCUGAUGGGGCCUUUUCUGGCCUUGAAAAGUUGGAAGUUCUCAAUCUCAGUGGGAACAGAUUGAAAACAGUCAAAAAGGAAGCUUUAACUGGUCUGAAUCAUCUCAAGAAGCUGGAUCUGCAGGAGAACCCAUGGCAGUGUGAUUGCCUUUUUCUGCAGUGGAUGAAUGAAUCUGGAGUGCAGAUAGAAGGAGGAACCUGUGCUUUUCCGAUUAAACGCAGAGUCCUGGAUCUGAUCAGUGAAUGCUCCACCACAGCACAGCCAUCUUCAGUUACUUCCAGCACAACCACCACUACACCCAGCCCAACCACUGCUCCUCUUCCUCCUCCUCCUCCUCCUCCUCCUCCUCCUCCUACUGCCACCACUACCACUGCCAAAGCCACUAGGUCUACUACUACUCCUACUACUACAACUACAACUAUCCCUACUACUACAUCUACAACUACUACUGCUACUACUACUGGAGCUACAUCUGCUGCUCCUGCAUCAACAGCAGUCACUACUGCCCAGUGGACAUCGCAUUUACUGUCACCCAACUUACGCAAAACCAACAUUUCAAACAAAGAUUCCUUGACAGACACUGAUAAAACUGGGAAGCAGGAGCCUGGAGUGAGCAACACCUGGAAGUUUCUGGCCGGAGUGAUAGUCAUCGCUCUCUGCACCUCUAUGUUCAUCGUGUGUGCCGUCAAAUCACCAUCGUGGUACAAAAUGCUGUUUAACUACCGACACCAGAGGCUCCGCGAGGUGGAGGAGCCCAACAUCUUUAGCACGGGACGCUACUCCAACUUCAGCCUGGACACGGAGCAGACCGAGACCAGCGCCUACGAGCUGGACCAGGGUCCAGAACAGCCGCUGGAGGAUGAGGAUGGCUUUAUAGAGGACCGCUACAUCCAGCCGGAGGACUACAAAGAGCACACGGAGGACUACAAGGACCACUCUGAUGCUGAUGAAGUAUGAACUCUGAUCUGAGAAGAACAUGACUGAAUUACGGAUGGGAAUGUUUACCCUUUAACACUUUCCUUGAUAAAUAAGAAGCCUUUAUAAUAUGGCAAUGCACAGGAAUGAGUUUUUCUGUUUACCAAUCAACCAAAUACCUUAUGUUUAUGAGCGUCCACAAUGCAUUAAUAAUAUGCUUUCACAUCUGCGUUUCUUUACCAAAGAUUGUUGGGUAAGCUUGUGCAGAAAAGCUAUCCAGAGUGAACUUCACACAUACAGUAUUCAGAGUGUAUUCGUAUGUAUGUAUGUGUAUUUAGACCAAACCGUUGUGGAUUUCUUUGUAAAGUUGUACAGAAAAUACACUACUCACUACUCAUAGCCUACAGGUAUUGGCCAACAUAGAGGAGUGUGUCACAUGUUCCAUAAGUGAAUAAAGAUUUAGAUAUUUUCGAUGGUUCUUAAUGCUGUUCGUUUUUACAAACUACAGAUACACCAAAUAUAUGGCAACCAAAAUUAUUCAAAUCCAAAAAUGUCUAAAAUGUUCAGCAAAAUAUGUGGAAAGACCACAUAAUUUCUACAGAACAAUGACUAUAUUAUUUGUAAUUUAUUUUAAUCUUAGCAUUAUAGUCUUUUACGGCCCAUUUUUAACGACAAUAGUAAGAAAUAAGGGUGUCACCAUGUUUCCCUUUCCAUAAUUUAGCAAGUAAACAAAACUGUAAUUCUUAUUUCUUUCAAAGUCAAACGAGCGCUGGAUGUAAAUCUACACAAAUUCUCUCCUGAAAACUGUUUAUUUGGGUAAGUAAAGUAAAGCGCUUCUGUUUAUUUACAGUAAACUUAGAUUUCCAGUGUUUUAGCGCAGUUAACAGCAGUAGCCACGGUUAGCAGCGCUUAGCACUGGUAAAUGCCGUCCAACAGCGCAACACUGAGGAACCCUGAGUGUUUUGGUAACCCAGGGUGCUAUCAGCUAGCGGUUCAUCCCAUGUAGUUUAUUUUAAUACGGUAAACACACAGACUACAGUCUGAUAUACUUGCCUCUGAACGGCAAAAGAGCUAGUGCUGUGGUUAGCGGCUAAUGCUAAUACUAAUACUGCUCCAGCCUCGGUGCUGGAGAAACUUCACUGAAAACUCACACUUAUAAGGAUGUCAGCUUCAGCAGAGUGGCUUUACUGCUUCUUACAACCUGACUGGUAGAAUUCAUACGUAAGGCAAAUCCAGAUUAUGAGGUGCCCUGCCUUUUUUGGGGGGAAAAUGAAAAGAUUUUAGGUGUGCCUUAUAGUGUGAAAAGUACACCAAAUUAUAUUGCUGUAACAAAUAUUUAAUUUUGUUCAGUUUUUUGGAAAUGCUCAAUUCUAAGCAGAGAGACAGAGUUGUAUAGUGUUGUGGAUAAUGAAACCAGUGUUCUGGAGCAAUUAACUUUUACAUUUAUGGCAUUUAUCCAGGACGACCUACAAAAGUGCUGAGUCAUCAUGUGCUAGUAUCGAUAGACUCCAAAUUCUUUGAUGCCAUCAGUCUAUAUAUUUCAUAAUUUACUGCUCCUGGUAACCUUUAUCUUCCUUCUGAAUAGAAUUACAAUCCCACACUUCCCUCUAUUUGCAACUUUUGUGACAAUGAGUGUAUGUAUAAUGGUAUUUUCUUUGUAGAUGACCUGGGAGCACCCCCUGUUUCCCAGGACAGUGAAAUACAUUUAUCCUGCCACUGCAGUGCCCUCUACUGACCUGUAUUAGAAAUGCACUGCCUGCUGACAGUGGAGCAUGUCUGAUGUUUGUGAGGACUCUGAAAGCACUUACUCUCUUCGUUCCGUGAAAAUGACGUCCAUGCUCUGGGCUUCUCUGUCAUUCUGCGCUCUCAGCUAAACAUGUGAGGAGAAAUGUGAUGUGAAGACACUGGGAUAUUCAUGUAAAACAUUAAGAUUCUUAUAAAUGCCAAUAAAACGAGAUGAUACCCACCA